AUGGCGAUAGCUAUGGAGAUGCAUGAUGUGAAAGGAGUGGUGAAGGCCGUUUCUAGUGUGAAUUUGAUGUUGUUUAUUUGUCGUUUAUUUGUCAUUGUUGAUGCGGUUAUCAACAGUGGGCGUCGUGAGGAUGCUACUCGUAUUGGUUCUGCUGGUGUUGUAAGGCGUCAAGCUGUUGAUAUUUCUCCUCUUCAUCGUGUGAACCAAGCCAUUUAUCUCCUAACCACUGGUGCUCGUGAGUCUGCAUUCAGAAACAUUAAGACCAUAGCUGAAUGUUUGGCCGAUGAGCUGAUUAACGCUGCAAAGGGAUCAUCCAACAGCUAUGCCAUCAAGAAGAAGGAUGAAAUCGAGUGUGUUGCCAAGGCCAAUCGUUGAGGAAUUGGAAGGAGCUUGCUUAAUCUAUGGAAGUGGACAAUUAUGUAGUUUAUUUCAGUACUUUAUGAGUUACCUAUUUUGUCUUCUGGA